AACUUUGAUUUUGGAAAGCAAUGUUUACAGUUGCUUUUGAUUUGAAUUUUUAUAAUUUUUUGUUGUAUUUCGAAUAAAAUAUAAAUGGACGAGUUACGGGGACCGAAUAUUCAGAUUGUCCUGCAUGUAAAAGAGGGCUUGGGUUUUGGGUUUCUGCGGUCUCCGUUUAUAGUAAGUGGAUCCCUCAAUGGAUAUAUGUUAGAGACGGACCCUGUAGUACCUUCACAUGCCCCUAUUUUUGACGCCGAACUUGUUUGGGAAGCAGACAAAAGAAGGUUUCGAAGUUUACGAGUACAGAAUGUGCCUGUCAAGGUUGAGGUGCACACGAUGGGCACACAGGGACGUAAGGACAAAGUGGGAUACCUUCUACUGAGCCUGCUAGGUGCUCAGCCAUGCCCUUCUCAUAAGAAUAUAGAAGUAAAACACUCAUGGCACAGACUCCUCGGUGUGAAGUCUGAAGGUAAAUGCUGUCAUCCACAAUUGCUGAUGAGCCUCUCCGUUGAAGAUAGGAUAAACACACCAACUCCUAGGAACGAGCUACGAAUGUUCCACAGCAAUGAGGUAGCGUUUCCAGCUGCCUGCUUAGCUUCUAACCCUCCCACUGCCAAAUCUAUGUUGAUGUCUUUGAAAGAAUACAUAUCAGAGAGUAAGAGGGUAGUAUCAUCACCGGAUUUAAUACCACAGUUGUUGUGUGACGAGGGACUCAUAAGGAUCGGCGCGGGGAAACAACUGUUUGUGCUCAGCUUUGUCAUUGGUGCCGUUGAGAAUCUAGAUUUGUUGUUACCUGACAGAAAUGCGAAUAGAGAAGUGAACUGCUACGUCACAUAUUCCGUGUUCACUCACAACAUUAGCACGGAUAGGGUAGCAGCCUCUCUAAGCAGUAACGGCGGUAGCCACGUGCAGUUCAACCAGCGAACAUCACUCCGGCUGGCGUCCGACCUGGCCACACUGAGCCGGUACUUCGCUGAGUGUCCGCAUCUGGUCACUAGGGUCUGUGCUGCUGAGAAUGAUGUUGGCAUCUGCAGCAUGGAUCUCCGCAAGCUAAUACCCACAGAAGACAUUCAGCACUUUGUGGACAAGUUCUGUAACAGUGACGGAGCUCUAACGAUACACGAGAGAUGUUUUAUACUGAGAUGUGAUGAUACGCCUGCGUUAGAUUAUGGCAGAAGACCAUUUGUUGAUGUGGAAAUGUCUCUAAAGUAUCUUGGAGUUAAACAGGAAGUGCAGAAGAAACCAAACAACCUGACGGCUCGCAGCGCCACUCACCUGGAGAGCGGUCGGCGUCGGGAGGCGGUUCCUCAGGAACACAUCCUGGACUUCCGCGCCGGCAGCUGCACCAACGUCGCCAGGGAUGUGGGAGGAGUGGCCUAUACUAACCUCUCCGCUACUAAUACUGCUAGAUACAAAACAGCAUCCGGCGAUACGGUCCUACAAUCCACAGAGAUAGCAGAACUGAUAAAGAAGAUGUACGAGUCGUUAACCGUCAGUCAAGAGUUGUUGCAGACUCGCGUCAGACCCACCACUGCUGACAUGCAGGUGCAGUGUGAUACUGACGCCGUGCCCCAUUGCGCUAGUGACACCCUGCUCACGUGCCGUGGUGAUAAUAAGCCAGACAAACUAGAAACAAGCAAAAGUGACACUUGUAUUACGCAUAACGAGAAAGAUAUGGUAAAGAUGACGAUCCCAGCAAUAGAACGCGACGCCAUCAUGCAGAAGUUUGUGGACGAGCUCGAGGAUUGGAAGGAGAAACAACAGGAAAUGUUUAAAUGUCAACUGAAACGCAAAGAAGAAUACCACCUAGAACUUCUAGCCAAAGAAUGGGCUAAAAAGCAAGUGGAACUAGAAUGUAAACUAAGUAAAGGCAUAGAGCAAUGUCGCAACUUAGCCGCUGACCUCAGCCGAGCUACUGACGACUUCCGGCUCCGGGGGUACCGCAACACUGAUAGGGAGAAGAAGCUGCAUGAAGCGAAGAAAGCUCUAGAAUCUCACUACACGGCGAAGUACCAGGAGCUACGCGAGGCGUCGCAGAAGAUGGAGGACGACAUGAACCAUCAGCUCAAGCUCAAGGAUAUGAGGGUCGAAGAGCUGGAGGUUAAGGUGCAGCAGCUGCAGAAACAAGUGGAAUUGUUGAAGAACAAUAUAAAGAACACUGAAAAGGAAUGCGAGAGCCGAUAUUCAGGCCUUACAAAGGAUCAAACUGCGAGUCUCAUACAAGAACUGCGCUACCUAGAAGAGAAGUUAGACAGCGCGGUGCAGUCCAAGUCGUUCUUCAAGGAGCAGUGGGGACGAGCUGUCAGAGAGCUGCAUCUCGUCAAGCUAUCCACCAGGAGGCAGAUGCUUACUCAGCUGCAGGAGGACAGGAAACAGCUGGGGGAGAUGGGAUUGGAGCCAAUAGAAGACCAAGAUGAAAACAGCGUGAAUUCAAUUCCAGUUGACUUGAAAAAGUUGAAGGACGAUUUCUACGUCGACAUACUCGCCAACACGCCGACACUCAACACGCAUUCUAUUAUAAAUCCUGCCGGCCCAGAUGAAUUAGGAAUGUACAAUGAUCUCAAGAACGCCCCAAAAAAUCCGAUGAACGAGAGAAUAAACGAGUUGAUAGCUCAACGCGACCGCCUAGUACAACAAGACAACCCGGACGAAGAUUUGCUCAAACACCUGAACCAUGAAAUUAGAAGUUUACUACUUAACUGUGGUACUUGACCGUAGAUUAUUUUCAUACUUUUCAGUUGAUGGGGUCGGGAUAAGUAUGGGCUAAACUCGGUAAACAACGGAACCCUACAAUGAGCGUGGUCCAACACGCUCUUGGCCGGUUUUUAUAAUAUAGAUGUAAUUAUGUUCUCUAAACAAUUAAUACUCAGUAGUGCUGUGCUUUUGAAGAGAAGGCCCAGACUUCAAAGCAGUUUUUAAACAACCAAUAGAAUUUGGAUGUUCUACUGAGUGGAGACAAGAUAAGGAAAACAAAAAAGUCUGACAAAAAAUGUGCUGGAAACUACAUUAAAAUCUGUUCAGCCAAAUGUAAGAUAAUCGCACACAAAUAUACAUUUUUUUUUGUUUUGUACAUAAUUUUAAAACCGUUUAUUUAAUUCUAAAUAAGUAUUGAAUAUAAUUUGCUUGAACUAAGCCUUUAUUUGAAUAUCGAAAUUCUAUUGAUUGUUUAAAACCUCCGAUUUGGUGGAGUCUGGGCCUAACUAUUUUUAUACCCCUAAUGAUGUAAUAUCAAUGAUCGUUUUUAAAUAACAGUAUAUAAUAUACUUAACUAUACUCUAUUCAGUAGGCACGAAACUAAAGGCAAACAAUUUAGAUAGGACUUUUCAUACAAAUACAUAUUAAAAAAAUGAAGUACUGCUUAAAAUAAUGAGUCAAUUGAUUAAAUAACUGUUGUUAUAGUAUUCCAAUUGAUUUUUAGCAGCAUUUUAUUUUUAAACUGAGUUUGUAUAAUAAAAAAAAUAUAUCAAGAUUGUUUAUGUUUAGAUAAGUGCUUACUCUAAGGAGUGUUGAUUCAGUGUUUGCCUGGAGUAUGUUAAAUAAAUAAUGUAGGUACUAUACUAUGAAUGUUACAAAAGGGCUUCCUAAAAUACAGCAUUAUUACAUUGUGCCAUCAAAGUUUUAAGGCCUAUUUUGUAGUCUCUCAAAAUGCAAAUGAAUUUAGGGAUGGGUUACGCUAGGUACAGUAGAGCGUCGAUUAUCUGAACUGAUUGGGGAAUAGUUGUUGAAAUAUCCUGAUUUGAUUCAGUAAUCGAACUGAUAUAGUUCUAUAAUCUUUCGCGACUUGCACACAUAUUUAUACACAAUCGGACAUAUAAUAAUUAUUUAUAAACAAUCGGGCUUAUAAUAAUAUUGUAAUUAAGUCCCGAUUCUAACUUAUUGUGAAUAGAUACAGACAUUCAUUUUUAUGUGAAAGUGAAUCAAAACUAUGUUUGUAUCCAAAUUUCGCUA